CGCGGCAUCCGUCGGAGAAAUAAUGGUGACGGUCGUUGUCGCUUUAUGCAUAUUAAAAAAACAUGCAUUGGUUUGUCUGUUCAUUUUUGCCACCGUCGGGGCCCCGCGAGAGAUGAAUUCUGGGAACAAAAAAUGCCUUUUGUUUGCAAAGCUGAGGAAUCUCAUGACAAAAGUACCAACGUGUUGCAGCGCACGGCAGAGCCGGGAAGCCCCGAACGGAGGCCGUGGCGCCGGCGGCGCGAAAACGAGGUCCAGUCCCGACCAGGCGCGCUGUCUCAGGUCGGGCCGAGCGAUCCUGUGCGAACCCUCUCAUGGCCCAAAGAGAGAUGGCCGGUUCGCGAGAGCAGAGGUCAAAGUAGAGGAAGGCGCUAAGGCUCUAAUCAGGAAGAAAAGGAAAUUUUGCGAGCUGACCGAGGAUGACGAGGACUCUAAGCGCAUCGAUGGUGACUACGCGGAUGCAGAAGCGGGAGGUCACCGGGCGAAAGGCGGCGCGGAACUGAGCGUUCACCCAAAAAAGAUUAAACCCAGCGGUGACGACGUCUCGGGAGUUUGCUGGGCUGAACUGGAGCUUAAAUACGUACAGGAAAGGCUGCUGGCUGAAGGAGGCUGCGGAUCCGUCUUUGCCGGCUACCGCAAAGUCGACAAUUUCCCAGUGGCCAUCAAACACAUCCCAAAAGACAACAAUAUAACUUUACAGAAACACAAGGACAGGGUCAACAUGUCCUCGGAGGUGGCGGUUAUGAAAAAGCUUGCCAAAGACUCGCCCGAGGGCCGCUCGCCGUAUGUCACGCUGUUGGACUGGUACAACCUGGGCCAGAAGCUGAUUCUGGUGAUGGAGAGGCCCGUUCCCGCCGAGGAUCUCACCGAAUACAUCAGCAGGAAAGGGGGCUGCCUCGACGAGAGCGAGGCUAAGAUCAUCCUGAAACAGUUGCUGGAUGUGGCUGAAAACCUUCAGGAGAAGCGCAUCUUCCACCGCGAUAUCAAGACUGAAAACAUCCUGAUCGAGAGCACCCCCGACGGGCUCCACGUGCGCAUCAUCGACUUUGGCCUGAGCUGCUUCACCAAGAAAAGAUCGCUCUACAGACUGUUUUUCGGAACUCCUUCUCUGGAGCCCCCCGAAUGGCUCCGCCAUCAUUGGUACCGGGCGGGGCCCACCACCGCGUGGCAGAUCGGGACGGUGCUCUUUGAAAUCCUCCACCAUGACGUGGACUUUCAAACGGAGGGGUUCCUCAGGGAGGAGAUAAAAAUCAGCGACAAAAUUUCAGAUGAUUGUCGGGAUUUCCUGCAGAAGACCCUGACAGCAGCACCCGAGGAACGGCCCACCUUGAAAGAGCUGCGGAACCACCGCUGGCUCAGAUAACGUCGCAAGCGUUGUCGUGGUAAGAUGUUUUGUGGGGGGCUUCAUUUUUUAAAAGGCAGACAACAACAAUUUCAGUCACAUUUUAUGUGAAUUCACCCCUGCAAUGUGUCUUUGCUUCAGAUUGCCAGGAUGAAAGAUGUCACCAAAUUGAUAGCUUUAAAUAUAUAUAUUAAAAAAAAGUGAG